AUGGCUGCCUCGCUGUCAUGCUUCAAUGAUUCCGACUGUUCCCAUCCUCCGCCGGAUGUUCUCAUGCACUAUGUCGAGAUUUACAAGGCCAGACUGCACUUGCAGCCACUGCCGCUUUUUAAUAUUGAGACGCUAUCCACACAAGUGUUGCGAUUCCCGCCGUAUUUGUUGCACAGCUUCUUAGCGGUCACGAUGCCUUUCUCGGAACAUUCAUUCUUUGGCAACGCAAAAGAAAAAGCAAUAGAUUCCUACGUUCGUUCGGCUCGAGAAACUGUGAUACAUGCGGCAACUGAAGGGGAAUCGUCGGUGGAACUCCUGCAGUCUCUUUGCUUGCUGAGCUUGAAUGACCUUGCCGCCGGUCGUCGAUCUAGGAUGUGGAUGAAUAUAGGGGUUGCAUCCCGACUUGUAUCAUCUCCUCAAAGUCAUCAGCGAUCACCGGUGGCGAUUACGGCAACCACCGAGGAUAAGACCCGAUGCUUUUGGAGCGUGUUUGUACUUGAGAGGGCGUUUACACCAGGUCCAAAUCUGCUCCAAAGCGACACUUUCCCUCUUGUUAAUUCUACCUACCCUCCUAGCCCUCCACGGCCAGCUUCUGUCGCUGAUUUAGGUAGCUCUAGUGCGCCUGGUUUCCCCGCGAGUAGUGCAACCAGUGACUUGGGCGUCAGCACAUACUGCCUGCAGCUGACCUCCAUAUGGGGCGAGGUGGUGGCUUAUUCAAGACGUCUGCGAUCAGAACAAGUUGAAGACCCUUGGCUAGCGUCCUCUACUUACCAUGUUCUGGUUGCAAAGUAUUGCCAGUUUGAGGCAAGUCUUGCGCAAAUUCAUCGGUUCAGGAAUGUUGGCUUCCAAAGCCUCUCAACAAACGAACUAUCUGAAAACAAAUACUACUGGAUGGCCUGGCUCCAGCUUCAAAUCAGCUUUCACGGAGGCCAUGCACUGUUGCAUCACCCAGUCUUCUACAUCACCAAUUCCCGCAAAUUUAACACCAAUUACCCACCACCAUCCUUCCUCCAAAAGGCCGUCGACCAGGCCCUCCUUCACUCGGGCUGGAUCGUACGCCUCUUCCGCACAUGGGAGUUUCUUGGGUUCGAACUCAAUGAUCCCUUUUUGGGUCAUUUUAUUGUUGUCUCUGCAACCAUCCAUUGGAUAUUUCAGUUUGCCAACGACACGACCGUAGCAGACAGGGCACGCUCUGACUUUGGAGAAUGUCAAAGACUUCUUCUCAACCUAUCCAGCAGGUGGCCGCAAUUUUCUUUGGUAGUGAACGGGCUAGAAUUUCUACAAAGCCUUGCCCGGCAAUUCCAUGAAACAACGGGCAACCAAGGCAUUCCUUCUUUCAAGCAAUCUCUACUAUGGGACCUGCUUGACUCCGACAUCCCUAGUACGGGAUUUGAUGCUGCUUCUUAUUCAGUGACACCCAGCGGGCAGCGUAUAGAAACCCAGCAUCUUGCUCCUCUCCACGAACCUUCUUCUGUACCCGAUAGGGAAUAUCCCAAUGAUAUGAUUGGGUCCGCCGGAUAUCAAACACUCCAAUCGCCAAUAUUCUUUCCAAGUUCAACUCUGAACAAUGAUUUGUUUAGCGAUAUCGAUCUCUCCAUCUUCUCGCGCCUAAAGGCCCAGUCUAAUUUCAACUUGCAUGGUGUAUUAUAG